AUGGCCAUGGUAGGCUUGGCCAUGGCAGUAUUUGCUGCCAUGGGCCUUGGCGCACCGCUCGAUAACUUGGAAGUAGCAUCCACGAUCGUGCCAGCUGCACGGCACCUGCGCGCUGCCCCUUAUGCCGACUGGGCGCACCAUCAUUGGGUCUGGCUGGAUCAUGGAGGCAAUGGCCAGGCUGACUGCUUGGAGCUGGCGCACGACUACAUCUCCCACAAUAUCACAAUCGGGGCCAUGGACAUUGACUCGACCUGGGAGCAGGGCUUUAACAACUUUAUCCCUGACACAAACAAAUUUCCCAACAUGACCGACAUGAUCGAACAACUGCAUGCAUUGGACCUGCGUGUCAUCUUUUGGAUCACCAGCAUGGUCGAUACUGACUCCCCCAAUUACGCCGACGGCGAAAAGCAUGGCUACUAUCUCCGAAAUAUCCUGAACGAGACUGGCAAGAUGAAGUGGUGGCACGGUACAGGUAGUUUGGUCGACUACACGAACCCCGACGCUGUGGCAUGGUGGCAUGACCAGAUGGACAACAUGCUCGACAUGAACAUUGAUGGGUGGAAGUGCGAUGGCACGGACCCCUACAUCGUCGAGUUGAUUGAGCCACAAGGCGCUCAAGGCCCUGUUACCUGGCACGAGUACUCGCAUAUGUACUACGGCGAUUUCUUCAACUACACGCGCGAGAAGCUUGGCAACGAUCGCCUCGUCAUGUCCCGUCCCGUCGACGCCUAUGGGUCGUUUUUCGUCGAGUUUUCUCCGAAAUAUGUCAUGGCCUCGGGCUGGGUAGGCGACCAGGAUGACACGUUUGACGGUCUGACGCAGGCGCUCAAGCGUUAUCUGCAGUCCGCCUGGCGUGACUAUGCCAACUUUGGCAGUGACAUCGGUGGAUAUCGCACGCCCCAGAAGCCUCGCCAGUCUGAACUUUUUCUUCGCUGGGCUCAACUGGGUGCAUUCAGCCCGCUCAUGGAGAAUGGCGGUGGUGGCGAGCAUCGCCCUUGGAUGUUUGAUGCCAACGGCUCAACUUUUGUCACCGACACUUAUCGCAACUACGUGGACACCCACUACUCGUUGGUGUCUUAUCUGCUCUCAAUCGGCUCGGCGGCCCUUGAGAAUGGAACUAGUGUUCUGCACCCGAUGGCACCGUAUGACAGCCUCAUCGACAAGAUCAUCGACGACUUCAAUCCGCCGACCUAUGCCUACCUGUUGGGCGACCGCAUCUUCGUGAACCCGAUCAAUGAGGCGGGCGAUGGCCAAAGCACCCGAGUCACGUUCACGUUGCCUAACGAUAGCAGCUGGGUGAGCUUCGUCAACGCCUCAGACCGUUAUUCACCGGGCGCGCAAGUGACGAAGAACUUUAGCCUCGCUGAGUUCCCCGUGUACCAACGUGCCGGCUACAUUGUGCCACGCAACGCCCCACGCGAAACCAGUCGGAUCACGCUGAGUGUAGCCGUGGAUCCCUCCGUACGAAGCGACAUGUUUGCCCUGCGCACUUCAGAGAGCGCCCCGCAUCAAGGACAUGGCUGUGAAGUGACUUACACCUGGAAGGAUGACUUCACCAUGGAGCUUACCGUCUCCCAGCAUCAGACUUUGUCAUUCGAAUGGGCUCUGACCCUGGCCGAUCGCCCUGUCGCUGUCACAGCUCAUGACGGCUCUGCGGCUGAUUUUGACUAUGAUGAACUCUCACAUGUGGUUCGCGUACCCGUGGGCGUCCCCACGCUUGCCAUAUCCCAACCGCGCGGGCGCUUGAAGUUCAGCAGGCGUCUAGAGGACCUGAACAACAUCGAAGCAAUGGCAGCUGAGCCCCGGGCCUCCAGUUGGAGUGCACAGGAAGACGACUUGGCAGAUUUUGAGUCCGGUGCAUCCUCGGCACAACAAGACGAGAUGCUUGACGAUGGACGCACCCGGUCGGCUCCGGCGGUCACGGCGGCAGAAGCCGGUGCAGACGAACCGCUCCCCGAGCUUCAACGAGGACGAUCUCGCCCGUUUCUACCCUCUGAGCGCUCCGCAAACAGUGAUGCCGUACCGCCUUCGGAUUUUGGAGACGUCAACGAUGAGGAGGAUGACGAGACCAACACUGUCAUUGGUGGUGGAUCAGAAGCCGAGCUUGAGCUGGGAAGCUGGCCCUCACUUACCCGUGAGGCAACACUUCAACUACCUCAGAACGAAGAAGUCGAAGCUUGGCAACCAACUGCAUUUUUGGACAGUCGCAGCACCGAGGAGUGGCUGACCGCUGCGCCACCUCAAGCUCUGGCCUAUCGCAUCGUGGCCCUUGAGCAGGCCCUAAGUCGGCAGCGCCUCAAGGAUGCUUCGGGCUAUCGUACGCCGCGCCAACCCCGAGCUUCCUCCAUCAUCUCCUUCCGCGAUCAAGCGUCCUCCACCACCAGGUCCCUCCGGAGCCGCAAAACAGAAAUUCCAAACGAAUAUCUGUGCUCCAUCACCUAUGACAUUAUGGUGGAUCCUGUUGUUGCAGCGGAUGGCUUUAGCUACGAGCGCGAGAGCAUUGCCCGCUGGUUUGAGGAGCAUACUACCUCGCCCAUGACGGGAAAGGAGCUGCCCUCACGCAUUCUAUUGCCCAACCAUGCACUUCGAAUUGUCAUCAGGGAUUUUUGCGAGCAAAAGGGAGUGCAGCUCGCCGAUCUCCCGGUGCAGCAAGAACUCUCUGCCAGCGAUGUGCAACGCCACCUGGCCAGCACAGUGCGCCCGGCCUUCUCCUCCACCGGCGAGCGCUCGGCCUUUGGUCCGAUUGGAUAUGCUCGUGAAGAUACCAGUAGCAUCAACCAAUUUCUUCUCGCUCAGUACCAGCAACAGCUGCAAACCGAGAGUCAUCUACUCGGUGUUCCUUCACAAGAUAGUGAGCUCGGCUACAACCGGCUGUCCGCACAGGCGGGUGCACGUGCACCGACGUCCGGACGCACCGGUGCAGCUGAUGCGGAGCGACGUACCUCUACCAGUGUCUGCCGAAUGAUGUGA